AUGUCAAGGAUUAGGGGGACCCGUGGGUACAUGGCACCCGAAUGGGUAAAAAUGGAUCCAAUCACAUCGAAAGCUGAUGUGUUCAGUUUUGGGAUGGUGUUGUUGGAAAUUGUUAGUGGGGUAAGGAAUUUUGAGAUACAAGGAUCAGAAAUAGAUAGUGAGGAUUGGUACUUACCUAGGUGGGCAUUUAAUAAGGUGUUCAAGGAGAUGAAGGUGGAGGACAUUUUGGAUGGUCGGAUAAAGCAAAGUUAUGAUAGUCGGGCUCACUUCGAAAUGGUUAAUCGGAUGGUGAAGACGGCUAUGUGGUGCCUUCAAGACCGACCGGAGAUGAGGCCGUCGAUGGGGAAGGUGGCUAAGAUGCUAGAAGGGAAGGUGGAGAUAGAAGAACCAAAAAAACCCACAAUUUUCUUCUUAUCAGAUGAUUAA